AUGGCCCAUGACGCUCCUAUCCAGCGCACGGCACCAAUCGCCAUUGCUCCCAAGCCUCCUCGGCCGGAGCCACUCCCACUCCCACGCCGUCAGAACAGCUCCCACAGGUUCGAGAUAGGCCCUGGGAGCCUGCAUGGCAGGGGGUCCGUCGACUCGGGCUCCUUCACUGGGGCUCCCGCUCCCCCUUGCCAGGCCUGUCGCUUCUCUGGCACCAGGUGUACCGUGGCCGAGGAUGACGAUGGCUGCAUGCCCUGUCAGCUCAACGGCACCGAGUGCUCGCUAGUGGCCCCGAGCCCUCAGACCCGUAAGAGGAAGCUUAACGGGGAUUCUGCCGAUGAGAGUGUCAAGAGAGGCUCCCCCGGUAUUGCCAGCCGCAGAAACAACAACUCGAGCCUCUCCAGCACCGCCGCCAGCAGCUCAUUCUUGGAAGACAUGGCCAAUGUCGGCGGCCCCACCAUGCUCAAGCGGACACUAGGUCUCCAGGAAGACCGGUACAGCCAGUAUAUCGGCCCCACGACGGAUUUCGAACCCUCUCUCAUCAAUCUCUCGCCCUUUGACACGCAUGACGAGAGCCUUUUGGCCCGCGGCACCCUCCGCAAGGUCAGCGACACGGACACCUUUCUCAUGCUUCCGGACCAGAAUACGCCCGGAUACGACCAUGUAGUGGAGGAUCUCGACGCCAUCGAGGCCAUCGUCGCCCCGAACGGCCGCAAGCUCAUCGACCUGUAUUUCCGCGUUGUCCAUCCGGGCAUGCCGAUCAUCCAGAAAACCGUCUUCAUGGAAAAGUAUGAGCGGUCCUAUCGCGAAUUCUCGCCGCCCAUCCUCGCCGCCGUCUACAUCCUCGCCAUCAACUGGUGGGAUCACCACGAUGAGCUAUCCAAGCUGCCUCGCCCCGACGUGCGCGCGCUGGAAAGACUCGUCCGUAGCACUCUCGAAGACGCCAUGUACCGACCGAAGCUGUCGACCGUCCAGGCUGGGCUGCUGCUGUCUCAGCGACCCGAAGGCGACCAGUGGGCUCCGACGGCCCAGCUGGUUGCCAUUGCUCAAGAGCUCGGCCUCCACCUGGACUGCUCGGGAUGGAAGAUUCCGCCGUGGGAAAAGGGGCUGCGAAGGCGCUUGGCGUGGGCUCUAUACAUGCAAGACAAAUGGGGUGCCCUCGUCCACGGGAGGCCGUCUCAUAUUUUCCCCUCCAACUGGGCCGUCCGACCGUUGCGUGCCAACGACUUUCCCGACGUUGAAUGGGACGAGAACGAUCAGGAGGAGCGUCAAGACAUAGAAAAGGGCCGUCUCGUAUUCACACGGUUUGUGCAGCUGUCCGAAAUUCUCUCCGUGAUUCUCGACACAUUCUAUACUCUGCAGGCCAUGCAGACCGUCUCCAACGCUGGCUCCGGAGGGACGCAGCUGGUCUUGUCGCUGGCGAAGCCCAUCCAGCUCAGGCUCAAGGAUUGGUACGCAGGACUGCCCGCCAACAUUCGACUGGACUCGUACUCGGCGAGCAGAAUGUCGUCGAGGCUGUCGUGCGUCGGCUACCUGCACCUGGGAUACUUUGCAACGGAAAUCACCCUCCACAGGCGCAUCAUCCGAUCGUUGGCAUCCAACACGUCGUCAGUGGACUCGUAUGUGCAGCACAUCUGCCGCAGCGCCGCCAAGGCUCGCCUGAUCUCGGCCAUGGACUUUGUCAACCGACUGAUGCCGAACCACAUCCAAUCUUUCUGGUACUUUGCCUCAAAGACCAACUUUGCCCUCAUUGGAACGUUUGGAUCUUUGCUCUGGGCGACAUCGCCGGGUCGAGAAGAGGCGGAGUGGUAUAGACGGCGACUGGGCGAAUAUCGGUGGACACUGUCGGUCAGCUCCAAGCCGGGCCAGAGCAAAGGCCUGACGGAGUUUGCCAUGACCAUGCUCGACAUCUCGACGGGCCUUUUGAAGCAGCUCCCGGAGAAGCCGUCGAUGAGUCGCAACGGUAGCAUGGCAGACUUUUCCGCAAUGUCCAUGCCCAGCUCCUAUUCCGGCGGAGUCAACAUCUUGGGCAGCUUCAGCAACUUGCCCAGCACGGACGUCAGCAAUGCCCAGAGCCCUCGCAGCGAAUCGGAGAGCAGCGACGAAGGCAUGGAAGAUGACGAUUACGCGACGCCCAUGUGA